AUAAGCGAGUUUGAAAACAAAACUUAUAGUUGUCAUAUUUACAGGACGAGUUUACCCUUUGGACGUGGAUGGUGUGUGUGUGUGUGUGUGUGGGGGGGGGGGGGUGUUGUCCCUGCUUAUGCAUCUUAUUUAAUUUUAUCCACCUUUAAUCCUACUGCAUCAUUGAAAACUCUACCAUAGUUAUUAAACGCGGAUGCUGAUUAUCGUGCAUUAAUUGCGUCCACGCCAGCCCAGACUCCAGAGUACUUUUGAUUUACGAAAGUCAGACAGAGCAGUUCAUCAUGUCAGAUUCACAGUUCACUGAUUUGAUUGAAAAGUAUUCAGAAGCGAGAAAACUUUCAGAAGAGGCAUCCAAGAAAGAUCCAGAAACCAAUCCCUAUAAAUCAAAGUAUCAAGCCAGGGAGUUGCUUCAUGAAAUAAGGAAAGAAUUAGAAAAUGCCAGCGAGCAGGGCGAGGAAUCCAAAGAGCUCAAGUUUCGCUUAGCACUUAUCCAGUAUCAACUAGGAGUGAACUUUUUAGAGACUGAAGAGACAUCUUCAGGCCAUGAGCACCUUAUCAAGGCUGACAGCAUUCUCAAGGAUUACAGACUAGAUUCAAGAUGUGUUACCACUGCACUCAAUACAUUGAACCAACUUGCUAUUCUCUGGUGUACUAGGAGAGAUCAUUCAAAAGCAAUGGAAUUCCUGAAGGAAGCCCAAACUGUUUUCCAAACUUUCAAGAAGGAUGUUGGCUCAUCCCCUUCUACCAUUCAUGAAUUAUUCUUACAAGAAACAGACUACCCAUCUGAUCUUGAGAGAGAAGAACAGUUUGAGAAUUGCUACACAUUGACACUUUAUUACCUAGCACAGGUGUAUGAGAAACAAGGAGAAAAGAGCUUGACUGCAAGAUACUGUCACAUGACGCUUCAAAGACAACUGAGUACUUUCCAAUACGAACCUGUAGACUGGGCUCUCAACUGUGCUACUCUAUCACAGUACUACAUCACACAAGAUGACUAUACAAAGGCAAGGCACUGUCUAGCUAGUGCAACUCGUAUAUUUUCUGAAGCAGAGAACAAGCCAAUCCCUGAAGACAUGGAAAGAGAUGAUAAAGAUGCUUGGCAGGAAAACAUCAAGAGUCAUAAAGCUAACAUCAACAGAUGCUGGAUCAAAUAUUGUAUUUCUCUUCUUCAGUAUUCCAAAGAACACGAGCUGAACGGAUCUCCUGAGAAUGCAUCUAGUACUCCCUUGUCAUCCAGUAAUGGAGGAGAAACACCCUCUAUUGACCAGGAUGAGGAGAAUGUGACAGAAGAAGACAAGCUGGUUGAUCGCUUCGAGUCCUUAGAGCUUACUUCUAUUGAAAGUCAAGUCAGAGAUGAAGUCAUUUUGACAUUUGAUGAGGCUCGAAGUGUGUUCCUAGCUGCUCAGAAGUGGAUCAAUUCUUCCAAAGAAUAUUUUGUCCUUGAUGGAUUUGUCUCAGAUCACAUAGAACUAGUCAAAGAUCACAGUCAACUCUUCAAGCUAAUAUCAUUCUUUGAGACUGACUUUGAACGACGAUGCAAGAUGCACAAGCGACGGGUAGACAUGCUGGUUGAUAUGUUAGAUGGUCUAAACAGACAACACUUUCUUACUAUAUGUAGACAACUCAUGUUUGAAUUAGCUGAAACUUACAGUGAGAUGAUGGAUUUGAAGAUAGCUCUAGCUGAGAGACAGAGGGUACCACCCACACCUAAGGUAGCCUCAAAGAUAAACUCCUUAUGCAAGCAGAGUUUGACAUAUUACAAAGAUUUCAUUGAUUCAACAGAGGACCAUGAGGGAAAAUUGCCAGAGAAGUUUGAGAGUGAUGUCCUGAGGCCUGUUUUGGUAGCUUACUUCUGUAUCGGCAGAUUAUACUCAAAGUUUGUAACACCUAGCCCUCCUGAGAGAUUAGAUUAUCUACAGCUGAGUUUGGAUAACUACAAGGCUGUAGUAGAUUACUGUGAGAAGAAUCCUGAUCAGAAAGACACAGUCAAGGAGGAACUGGAACUUUGUAGAGAGAUGACUGAACUGAUUCCACUCAGGAUGGCCAAUAUCAGAGGAGAGAUACAGAUGAGGUAGAAGAUCACUCCUGUAAUAAGCUUACUGAAAUCCUUGCAUCUGAUUGGCUCAGAGGAAAUUUGCCAGAAGGUGCUUCAUGAAUAACCUGUCCUGGUCUUGCUGUGGUGAGCUCUGUGGCUGGUAUCUCUGACAACAGAUGUAUGAUACAUGUUCCAUUCCCAUGGUUUGUGUUGAAUCAGCAAUGAUGGGAGUCAGGAGUAGGUUUGAUCAUGUGAAAGGAGUUUGUAAUAUGCCUUGGUCAUUGUUCAGUACAUAAUAUGGUUUUUAUUUUCAGCAACAAAUAUCCAUAAUCUGCCCUAACGAAAUCUGUAUUAUGAAGAGUUUCAUUCCAAAGGGAGCUAAAUCCACACAGAGAGUUUUUUUUUAAAUUCAAAUUAACCACUUGCCCUUAUCUAUUACUUUGUUUUUAUAUAUGAUAUGGCUAUCCUUUAAGAUUACUUUUGUCUCAAUUCAGAGGUUCUCCCCCUUGUCCGAGAAAACAUUUGCAUAGACUAGCAUUAGCACAAAGUUGAUUUUUGUCUGAUGAAAAAGCCCUUAUUUACAAUACUUCCCCUUUGUCUAUGUCCAGAUCAUGGUGGCCACUGUAUAUUAAGAUUCUCAUAUCAUUGUUGAGAAAAUUUUCCUUUAUGUACAGCUUGACGUGUCCGUCGCCUUCGUGAUUUGCCCUUCAACUUUCCUUGCACAUAUGGUGUUCCCUGUGCAGGAAGCUUGCCAGAGCCUCAUUUAAAGGAUCUUGAAUUAACUGUAUGUGUAUAACUAUAAGGCAUCAAAGUUAAGAAAUAAAGAAAAAAAAUUCUUGUUACAUAAUGAGAGGGUAUUGUUGUAUUCAACCUCUCUAAAAGGAGGUUCCACUGUAUUGUAUACCUUUUUUUUCUUGCGCUGACGUACACCUUCGUAAUUUGCCCUUCAACUUUUCUUGGACAUACGGUGUUCACUGUGCAGGAAGCUUGCUGGAGCCUCAGUAGAAGGGCCCUGAAUGUGUAUUACUAUAAGGAAUCCAUGCUAAAAUCCUCUCUGGCAGGUGUUGGUUCAGAGGAAGUUGAGGGGGUGGGGAAAAUCACUCCAGUCUUCCUUUGGUACUGGUACCCCCCCCCCCCACCAGCAUUGCUUGGCUUCCUGACCACCUCCUCUUAUUUUCUAUUUGAAGCUGCUGCAGUGGAAACGUUGCAUGCAUUUUUCUUCAAUUUGGGGGUGGAUGUUUUUGUUUUCACUCACUUUUUCCUCUUUGGAUGUAAAAUUUUAACUUCAGGAGGACCAUAUGCAUAUGUCCUUUUUGCCAGGCUGCUGGGGGCAUCGUUCACAUGGAUUAAAUAUGUGUCCAACAAAUACACAAACAUUGCUUUCCCAACUUUAUUCAAAUGAACAAAGUCCUUUGUAAAAAAAGAUAAUGAGUGUCAAGUUUUGAUUCCUUUGGAAUUCUUAGAUGGCCUUAGGAUGAACUGGCUAGUUUGGGACUGGUCAGAUUUGUCAAGUAAGAAUGAAGAUGACUUGCAAAUAAACACUUUCCAUAAUGAUUCAAAUGCAACCCAUCUUGGUAGAAAGUAUCAUUUAAAUCAAAGUCCUCAAAACAACUGAAGAAAAAACAGUUCAACUAAAUUGCAAAGUUUCUGAAAUUUUCAUUCAUUGUAUAUUAACGACAAUUCGUAUAAAUCUUGUCAAAUCUUUUUCGGAUUCAAAAGAUGGAUUUUCAACUUUCCGAUUGUUUUUUAAACUCUUAAUGCGGGCUUUAGAAUAGACGUGCAUACUAAUAUCAUAGGAUGGGUCCAAAUUCGAAAUCUAACUUUGCAAAUUCCACAGUAUUGAGUCUCUGAAUCACACAACUUUGCUCCUAUAAGUGAAUCCAUUGGUAUGAUGCUCUUCGUCACACUGUCUAACUCUAUAAAGUCUCUAGCUACUUGUAACUUAGAUCAUCUAGAUCUAGAGAGUAGAGUCUAGUCAAUAGACUCUAUUAAAAAUGUAGGUGAGAUUCCGAGCUUGACUUGCUGAUUUUUAUGAAUUGCAUAUGUCGCAUCUCCAAAUAGAAAGCUGUGAUGUAAUUCCAGGACUGUGAUGAAUCUAUCGAUUUCAUCGGUACCUCUCAUCUCCUGCCGACAUAUACAUAGUUUUUGUGAUCGGCCUUACAUGCUAAUUUGAAACGGUAGUAGAGUCCAGAUUUCAAACAAGACUUCACUGUCUACUUUCUUCACCAGUAGUGUACACGGCAAUGUAUUAUUAAGACUGCAUGAGAUGCCGGACUGUUGUAGAAAAUAUCUUUCAAUCAGAGUCAGUGUCUACAUCCAUCAUCUCUACACCAGCAGCCUCAUCUCCAGAAGAGGAUGAGUAUGGAUCUUGCCGAGUAACACCCCCGACUUGUCAGGUCUCCUGGACCUCUGCCCCCCUGAGUUCCACAGUCAGAUGGCAGGCAUAGGGUCAAACUGACCCUCAUCUGCACUGUGGAGCGCAAUAAGCAACUGAUCGCUCACUCGAUUUCGGAACGUAGACUUCACUAGCUUCAGUCGGCUGAAGCCUCUCUCAGCUUUGGUAGAGCUGGCGGGGAUGCUCAGAACUAUAUCCAGAAGAAGGCUCAUAUUGGGUAACUCCUCAAGACAGGGGAUGACUCCUGACGAAGGCAUGCCCAUCCUUCAAAAAAGUAUAAAUAAUAUAAAGAAAAUGAGAUGAGAUGGUCCUUGAAACAAAGAGUCAAUGCUCUCUCUGGUAACUGAAACUUUUGGGCAGAGAAAUGGCCAAGCCUUCGAUUUUUUUUCAGUGAAUGUUUUGUUAAAAAUUUACUAGUAAAUCUAUCUUAUCACACCCACAAAUAUAAGCGGAUAUCACAGGUGUUUAUCACAUGGGUUAUAUUAAGGAGAAAGGAUAAUUACAUGUCACUGAACACCCUUGCUUUGAAGAGAUCACACUCUACACUGAGUUUGGUGAUGUCCACACCUCCUGCCGUCAAACUUUGCUUGUAUUGCCUUGCUACAGUGUCGACUUCUUAUUUCCAAACUCUGCAGAAUUUCAAAGAAGCAAUGAAAUUAAAUAAUUAUGAUAACUUUUAUAUUUAACAUUUCCAGGAUGAUUAUAAAUGAAAGAACAUUUAUGAUUGGUAGUCAAAGAGCUUAUCUCUUACUUGAGUUUCAAAAGAUGUGAAAUACCCUGAAUAUCAUUUUGAAAAGAGCAACCAACAAACAGUAACAACUACUGCUCUACAAAGUACUCAUAUUGAGAUUAUACUUUAUCCAUUAUGUAGUAUGAUUAGUUUGAAAAUACACAACAUUGCCACGUAUGUUCUCUGGCCAAAAGUUGAAGCUGACUAUUUUCAUUGCAUCACAUCACGCACUCCUUCAUUGAUGUCUUGGAUACUCACUUCUAGGAUGUCUAGGAGCUGUGUGAGGCCAUUUUGUAUGACUGGUUCACCCUUCAGCUCUCCCUGAAAGUGUGUAUCAAAUCCCAGCAUGUAUGGUGUUGACUUUCUGAUUAAAUGAGUGGAUGAAUGAAAAUAAAAUGAAACUCCAUGUUGUAAAUAAAAUUCAGUGGUGUGAGUGAUAACUGAACACUAAAAUAAAGAGUGAAAAAGCUGAUGAAUAUUGAAAACAAAAUCUUAAAUGGAAAAAGUUAAAAUAAACUGAAAUUAAGAUGAAAAUCAACCCCCACUCCAAAGACAAAAACUGCAGUUAGCUUAAAAGCUGAACUCUCAUACUGCUGAUUGAUUAUACCAAAAGUAAUUGGAUUUAUAAAAUCAUAAUGGAUAACCAUCAGAUUUCCAUUUUGAUUGAGUAUGAAUGGGUUACAUAUUAUUCAAGAUGCACAAACUCUUCAUCAAUACCUUUCAUUUUACAUUUGGAGGGUAAUUGCUGUGCGUUAAUUGAUGCUGCAACAUCUGCAAGAGUUGAGGUAGACUUCUGUGCUACGAGGGACACCUUUGAUAAGACUGUGACCUCAUCGUAGAGUAAAAGAAUGUACAUGAGUACAUCCUUUCGUUCCAGGAGCUUCUGGAAACCGUUCGCCUUAGCCAAACAUAAUAUUUUAGAAGCAACAACAUUGUAUAAUAAACAAAGGCAUAGAACAGGGCCCUGGGAACUAUUUUAUUGACUGGGAGUGCUGACGUCAAUUUGACAAGCAAAAACAAAAAAACAAAAAAAAGGUUUCAUUCCAAAAUGAAGGUUAUUUCCGUCCUGAGAAAUUUCGACAAGCAAAAAGAAAAUUGAACAAAAGGGUUUCUAUAAAAAGAUGUAGGUCAUUUUGGUUACAUUUCUCCAUUUUGUCAUACCAUCCAGAAUUCAUGGGGGUAUGGAAAAUAAUACAAGCAGCUCCCCCGCUUUCCCAGGGUCAUGGCAUACGGUACAUGUACGGUUCAUUUGGCUAUCAUU